AUGGCCUCGCCAUGGAUCUUCGUCGGUCCAGCGUCUUCGUUCCCAGAUAUCGCACCCGACUCGUCCAAGACCAAACUCUCCUCCCCCUCCUGCUCCGACCCGGAGAAGCGCGAGUCGUACUGCCGCGUGUACGACAUCACCGAGGACACGGCUCAGGAGCAGAGUAUCGAAGACGCAGAAUUGAGUGUCGGAUUGAAGCAACAAGCGCUCGUCUUUCGAUAUCGCGGCAAGGUCCACGCGGUGCCGGCGUCGUGCCCGCACCGAUCGUACCCUCUCUCGCGGGGCUCGCUGUACGACAUUGAGGACUUUGGAAUCAGGCUUUCUGCUGGAAUUGUCUGUCCCAGGCAUGGCUGGUCGUUUGAUCUCUUCACCGGGGAGAGUGAUCGCGGAGCAUAUAAGCUAGCGGUAUGGGAGGUAGAGUUGAGAAAGAGCGAGCAGGGAGAUGAGCAGGUGUGGAUUCGGAAGAAGAGCUAG